AUGGACUCCCCCUCCAGCUGCAAGAAGAGCCAGAAGAAGAAGAAGAAGGCCAGGGCAGCCGCUCAGGAGGGAGGGGAUGAGGCGGCAGGGCGGGUGGCUGCCAUCGAGGCCCUCACACGGGCCGGACACCGGGCGCUGGCCCUGGGCGCGGUGCGGGAGGCACUGGGGUGCUUCAGGAAAGCCCUGCUCCUCUCCAGGGACACAGCGAGCCCCCAGCUCCACAGGGCUUGUGCCUUCAACCUGGGGGCUGCCUACGUGGAGACUGGGAAGCCCAAAAAGGGCUUUGAGUUCCUCCUCCAGUCCCAGCCCUCAGAGGCGGAGAGCGGGGACUACUCGGGGAGCCUUUAUUUCAGCGUCGGGGCGGCUCACGAAGGGCUCCAGGAUUUUCCAAAGGCUCUGGAGUGUUUUGAGCAAGUCCCCGGGCACGCCGGUGCUGCUCAGGCUGGCAGCCGAGCGGGGACCUGCGUGCAGAUGGGCUGCUGCUACCUGGGCAUGCGGGAGCCGGCGCGGGCCGCGCGGUGCUUCCUGGACGCGGCGCAGGCCUACGCGGCGGCGGAGAGCCCCGGGGCCGCGGCCGUGGCUCUGAGCAGGGCGAGCGGCUCCAUGCUGCAGAGCCGGCGGUUCCGGGCCGCGGACAUCGCCGGCGUCCUCGCCCGGUGUCGCUCGCUCUGCGAAUCCAUCCCCGACCCGGCCCUGCGAGGGAAACUCUACAGCGACAUCGGGCUCGGCUACUCGCAGCUGCACAUCUUCUCCCUGGCUGCCGAGAGCUUCGAGCGGGCGCUGGGGCUGUGCGGCGGGGAGCGGGACCGGCAGCGGGAGGCGGCGCUGCUGCAGAACCUGGGCGCGGCCCUCAACGCCCUGCGCAGCUUCGGCACCGCGCUGGGCUGGCACCGGCGAGCGGCCGCGCUGCACGGUGCUCUGGGGAACCGCAGGGCUCAGGGGCAGAGCUUUGGGAACCUGGCGUUCGCCUGCAGCCAGCUGGGGAAGCACGGGGAUGCUGCCGAGAGCUACCUGCACGCCCUGCAGGCCUUCAGGGACUCGGGGGACUUGCAGGGGCAGUGGCAAGCGUGCGAGGGGCUGGGUGCAGCGUGCUUGCACCUGGGAGACCCCCAGAAAGCCAUCGGGCACUAUCAGGAGGCCCUGGUUUUGCUUUCCCGCUGUCAGGACAGCCCCAGAGCUGCCCACAAACGGGUGGUGCACAAGCUCACAGAUGCCAUCCAGCACCGACUCCACCUCAGCCACCUCUCCUACCCCAACCCAGGCCUGGAGCCCAGCCACCUGCGGUUUUGCUCCACGCUGCCCCGUGCCAGUAGGACACAGCUCCAGGGGAGCAAGGUGGGGAAAGCCCAGGCUGAGGACAAGCUGUACUGGUGUACACCAGGAGCACAUCCCAGGUAUUCAGGCACAAGAGUGGCCCUGACUGGUGGUCUCACACUGGAGCCUUGCAACCCAAGUGGCCUCCUGGGCACCUCUGGGGAGGAUGAUGAUGGUCCCAGCUCAGCUCCAGGGUAUCACAGUGAGCCCCAGGCUAACAGCACGAGGACCACCAGCCCCCUGCCCCCGGCCAAGCUGUCCCAUGCCAGCCUCCAGCUCCGGCACCAAAACCACCAAACCCUCCAUCAGAGGCCUCCAGAGAGGCGUGACAAUGACCCCGCUGCCGGCUGCUGGUCCCGCCGGGGAUCCCGCACGGGCACCAGGACUCUGUCCCUCGUCUGCAGCCUCGUGUGA